CGGGAAUAUUGCUGGGCACCACGCAGACUACCCAUGCGACGGACGGCCCCCAAACAGAGCGAACCACUGCAGCUGCACGGUGACUCCAUCAUGCAGCUUGUGUGCAGUGUGGCUGAGAGCAUGUUGUGACGACAACAAGGCUGGGGAGGCCGCACAAUAGCCUGAGUUGGUGCGUAGUGGGCGUCAGGGGCGGCGUACAGAGCCAGCUACUAUGACGACUACUGCUGGCCUAUGACGACGAUGAGUCGCGAUCCCAAAAGGAAAUAAGCAGCCAUGCUUUUUUUUUCCUAUCUGGCUUUUCUUCUUUGGGGUUAAGCGAACUGGACUUGCUGGGCUGGCGCUAAGAGUCAGAAAGCGGGCCGGUUUUUUUUGGGUUUGGUUUGGUUUAGUUUAUGAUGUGGUGUCUAGACGCUUCCACUAAGGGACCCUGUUUAUGGAAUUGGACGAGAACGGUGACGAGGCACGCGACCAGAUGAAAAGAUGGGGGAUAAGAGACGAGAAGUGAAACGGGACGAAAGAGGGCGAUGCUGGCAGACUGGGGGUUGAGGAAUGUAUAUAUCGGCUUUACGGCACUUUUGUGACUCUGAUGAGAUGGCGGUUACUGUAGACAACACGGGGCUGCGUCUACGGUGCCAGAAAAAACGAGGGCGAUGGAUGUACUUGGUAGCUUGUUAAUUGGUUUGCGAGUACUUGAUGAGCACAGUAUGAAGAAGGAAAAGGGAAGGAUUGGGGAGUUGAGAGAGUUGCAUGCCUUUCGUGGUUUGUAUAAGUAUGGCACUCACUCACAGCCCAUGCUGCUUUUUCUUCUUCUUCUCCUCCUUUUUCUGCAGCAUUAUUUUGUUUUUGUUUUUUAUCGUUCCCGAUUCUAUUUUUAUUAAAUUGAAUAAAAAUUACCCUGCUUGUUUUUCUAUUCAAUAUAUACCAUUGCCUAACAAAAAGUGCUUUUUGACAGCUUUCUGGCAACGCCGCAACACACACAACUGCAACUUUGACUCUUUUAGCGCGCCAGGCGGAACCCCGACAAGGACCUGUUUUAGCGUUGUGCUGCAGGUCGCCACUCCCACUGGCCCACUCUGACUGUUUAGCGGCCCACUUCCCACUGCGCAAAUCCCCCGUGCCUUUGCUGUGGCUUGUCCAAGUUGCCUUGUACGGUGCUGCACCUUGCUUUCUUAAUUUUGUUUGACCCGGGCAAGUAUUUAGGUUUUGGCGUGUCCCCCACUCACCUUCCCCCGAUCUUGUCUCUCCUUCUCUUGGCUCUUUCUCUUGUGAUCUCUGUUUCAUUACCUCUUUUACAGGUUUCUUCUCUUCUGACCGUUGAUCUUGCAUCUGGUCUUUUCUUCUCUUUUCACGGGGUUCCUUCUACCAUUGUAAUUGGGUUUCCCUCCUUACAUCCAACAAACACCACCAGACCCGAUACGCUCGGCAACCCCAUCUUCGUACCAAAGCGAACACAAGCAUUCCUCACCACACUUCGAUGACGGAAACCGUGCCCCCCGAUAUAGUUCGUCAAGGGUCUGAUCCAAAAUCAUCCAAAACGCAUGGCUACUUUGACGCGUCCGCUGCUGCUACUUCUGCUUCCAACAGCCACGACUCGUAUGAACUAAAGCAGACGGCUACUGAACCUGCUGCUACACAUGCCAACCGCUCUUCUUACCAUGGCGGCAAUGACCAUGCCGCUUUCCCUGGCGGUAAACACGCAUCAUCGUCUGACGAGAAGCAAGGGUCUGUCAUAGACGGCAAAAGCGCCGCUAAUGAUGAGUCCAACUCCAUUGUCACCGACACUACAAAUGAAGCCGAAGCUGGCAAGGACCAGCACAAGGGAAGCUGGUUCCAGCGAGUCGCCACCGAGACUCGCCGCAGCUUCUGGCUCACCAUUACCCAUAGCUGGGUCAAUGUUCUCCUUGUCUUUGUGCCCGUUGGUAUUGCCAUUGCUAACGUGCCGGGCAUCCACCCUGGCGCCAUCUUUGGUGUCAACGCCAUCGCCAUCAUCCCCCUCGCCGGACUGCUUAGCCAUGCUACCGAGUCUGUCGCACGAGAAAUGGGCGAUGCCCUCGGCGCUCUGCUCAACGUCACGUUUGGCAAUGCCGUCGAGCUCAUCAUCUUCAUCAUUGCCUUGGUCAAGGGAGAAAUCCGCAUUGUCCAGGCAUCUCUCCUCGGCUCCAUCCUUGCUAACCUUUUGUUGAUUCUCGGUAUGGGCUUUUUCCUCGGCGGUCUGCGCUUCCGUGAACAGGUGUACAACAGCACCGUCACGCAGAUGAGCGCCUGUCUUCUCUCUCUCAGUGUGAUUAGUCUUGUGCUGCCCACGGCCUUCCAUGCCUCGUUUAAAAACUCCCAAGAUGCCGAUAGAGAGUCCCUCAAGAUUAGCCGUGGUACCAGUGUGAUCCUUUUGCUUGUCUACGGUAUUUACCUGCUGUUCCAGCUCAAGUCCCACGCCUACCUCUAUGAAUCCACUCCUCAGCACAUUGUUGAUGCGGAAGCCCUUCCUGGCCCAGCUGCUGGCUGGCUUGACACGUCUAGCUCCGACUCCAGCUCUGAUUCCAGCACUGACUCGGACACCUCUCACGACACUGUCCGCAAGAGGAUGAAGAAGGUCCUGCGUGCCGGUCGUAAGCGCAAGACCUCGAUUGGUUCGGUUGACGAAAAUGCAACUCGCUCGCCGUCGUUUGCCACUGCUAGCACCAACCCCCGCGAUGACAUGGCUGAGGGCGGUUCACCCACUCGCCCCUGGCUCACGCCACGCAUGAACUCUGUCGAUACCAACGAGGUUGCUGUGGAGGAUGGCAAGUCGGAAAAGCGCAAGAAGAAGAUGAGCCGCCAUCGUCGCAAGAAGGAGAAGGCCAAGGCUCGCCGUCUUGGCGCCAUGUCUCUUGGCGAUCCAGCCCUGCCUGACCCUGAGGAUGAAAAUGCACCUCGCCGUGUUGACUUUGCUAUGCAGAACAAUACGGAGAUUCCUGCCGCCGAUGGUGACGCAGAUGACGAAGGUGAGGAUAACCAGAACAACAAGCGUCCGGGCUUUUCUGCUUUCCGCCACAUGUCUGUCCGAAACCUCGCCCCUACCGUCUUUGUUCAGAAGCCGGAAGACGACGCUGUCGCCAGCCUUGUUCCUGCCGGCCCUGUUCCCCGUGUCCGCUACGGUAUUCGCCGCACCAACUCUCUCCCUGACCGUCUCAACGCAUCCAGCUCUUUUCGUGCACCAGGUGGCAUGUUCCCUGCUCACCUUCCCGUCGCACCGUUUACCAAUGUUACUACUGUUGCUGCUGGCGAUGCAGAAGAUGAGGAACAGCACUUGACCCAGACUUCGGCCAUCAUCCUCCUGCUCAUCACGACUGGUCUUGUCGCCGCCUGUGCUGAGUUCCUGGUUGGCUCAAUUGACGAGGUCGUCAAGACGUCUCACCUUCGCGAAAUCUUCAUCGGUCUCAUCAUCCUUCCCAUUGUUGGCAACGCCGCCGAACACGUCACAGCCAUUACCGUUGCUAUGAAGAACAAGAUGGAUCUGGCUAUUGGUGUCGCGCUUGGUAGCUCGAUCCAGAUUGCGCUGUUUGUGACACCCUUUAUUGUCAUUCUGGGCUGGAUCAUCGGCAAGGACAUGACGCUGUACUUUACGCUGUUUGAGACGGUGUGCUUGUUCGUGUCUGCCUUUAUCGUCAACUUCUUGGUAUUGGACGGCCGCAGUAACUACCUGGAAGGCGCUCUUUUGUGCGCCGUGUAUUUGAUUAUUGCAGUGGUUGCCUUUUUCUAUCCUGAAGGCGCCGAUGCCAGUGCUUGGGGCCAGUAAAUGGAUACAACAGCGAUAUCAAGGUGACAUCCAACAUGAAUCCUUAUUUUACAUACCUACCUACCUUUCGUUCUACGGGCGACUUGCUCACCAUCUGAUCAUGCUAUCUGCCUCACUUGAGACUUAUCAAUACUACAUAUCUUUUUUUAACAUGCUUUUUAUUAUCUUGAAACAUUUUGUUCCAUCACAUGUGUACUAAGUAGAGUCACCUGUAAACUAUAGAUUGUUGUGUAGCUACAGUAUGUCCUCCACUACUGCCCUGUCUCCCGGGGUCAGUGGCCAAAGAGGCCGCCGUACAGUACGGUAUCCGCCUCUAAACAAUAUCCAAGGCUGAUGACGCC